UUCACUGUCCAAAAUCUGGACAUGAGCAACUAUGAGAGGAAGAAGGCCACGCCCUGUGCUGGCUGCAUGCGAGCUAUCAAGUGGAUUCCAGUUAUCUUCAUAGCGUCAGUAAUAGCAUGGUCUUAUUAUGCCUAUGUCGUGGAGCUAUGUGUUAUGUCAAUAGAAAAUACGUUCGAGAAAGUGAUUUUCCUAAUAUUCUACCACAUUAUAUCGAUUCUGUUCUUUUGGUCAUAUUGGAAUACAGUGUUCACUCCGGUUGGUACUGUUCCGUCAAAUUGGCGCAUACCUGAAGCUGAAAUCGAAAGACUUUUCAGAGCAGAAAAUCAGGAGCAACAAAAAAGAGUUUUGGAAUACUGCGCUCGAGAUCUACCUGUAACGAAUCGCACACUGAAUGGAUCCGUGCGAUUUUGCGACAAAUGCAGAAUAAUCAAACCAGAUCGAUGUCAUCACUGCAGUGUUUGUGGAACGUGUGUACUAAAGAUGGACCACCAUUGUCCAUGGGUUAAUAAUUGUGUUAAUUUCACCAAUUAUAAGUUUUUUGUACUAUUUCUGGGAUAUGCGCUAUUAUACUGCCUUUAUGUAGCUCUAACAUCAUUGGAAUAUUUCAUUCGAUUUUGGAAGGGUGAACUGUCUUCGGGAGGUAUGGGCCGCUUUCACAUACUAUUUCUGUUCUUUGUAUCGGUAAUGUUUGCCAUUAGCUUGGUUAGUUUAUUCGGCUAUCAUAUUUACCUCGUUUUAAUGAACCGAACAACAUUGGAAGCAUUCCGGGCACCCAUAUUUCGGGUUGGUGGUGCUGACAAGAAUGGGUUCAAUUUGGGCAAAUUUGCCAAUUUCCAGGAAGUUUUUGGAGAUAAUUGGAAACUUUGGUUCAUACCCGUAUACUCAAGUUUCGGUGAUGGUUUCAGCUACCCCAUGCGAAACUUUGAAGAGGAUGCCGAAUCACUGUUGGGACAUUCCGAUACUCGCAUCGAAAUGGAGGAGGACGUGUUUCCGGAGACACGUUUUCACGAUAGCAUAAUACCAUAGUUAAUAUUUACCGAAGAUAACGUGGCAACUUACUAC